AUGGUCAUCCAAAACAAUCAGCAGGAUGCUGGUAUCGUUGGCCUCUUCUUGAGACAACUGCGGAAAAACACUGAGUGGUUGAAGUGGUUCUUCACUGUCUUGGCGACCCUCCAGUGGGAAUGUCAUCGUUGUUUCGAUUUGGAUGUGGACCAUGGAAGGCAGCUCAAUACAGUGUUUCAGAAGAAAGAUGAAACAACUUCUCCAUCAGCGCCAACUACAUCUCCACCGCCAAAGGAAUCGCCUGCCGAGCCACCACCAGGAGUUGAGCCAACUCCCACAGGUUCUGCUACAAGUGCCAGAGGACCUGCUCCAGACAAGAAAGGUACUGCAGAAGAAGCUCCUAAAAGCGGCGCCCAAGCUGUAGAUGCUAAAGGACCUGCCCCAGAUACGAAAGGUACUGCAGAAGCCGCUCCCAAAAGCGGAACGCAAGCUGUAGAUGCUAAAGUACCUGCUCCAGAAACGAAAGGUACUGCAGAGGCCGUUCCUCAAAGCGGUGCACCGCCAGUGAGAGCUGAUACGCCAGAGAAAGAC